AUGAAUCAAGAAGGAAACUCAAAUGCUGAAUAUGGGGAGGGCAAAGAGAAUAUCGCUUUGCAAAAUGAUCGUAUUGGUUCCGUAAAUUCAGAAACUGUGUCCACAAUUAAUACUACAGGGAUGAACACCAUCAUUACACAUGAUCGGCCAACUAUAGUAGUUUCGGAAAGUCAAGAGGUAGUCAAGGAACUGGGAGAGAGUGAUGUGGCAGGGAGUAAUGAGGAGGCACUUGUUGAAGUGCAAACUGGAGGUAUCGAGUCAGUCGAAGUACCACAAGUUGAACAAUUUGAACAGACAGUGAUUGCGCCAGAGGUUGAUACAGUCAAUGAAGUAAGUACGAAUGGAACAGAUGAGGGUAAAAUUGAAGACAUUGAAGAAGUUAUUCAUGAACCUUUGAAAUUGAGUCAAGAUAGCACCACUGAAGAACAAUUAGAGUAUGAAGAGGUGGAAGAAGAUGACAACGCACAACCUCAGGCUAUCGGCGAAAGCAUUGGUAUAGAUUUGGAAAGCAAUUCUAAUUUGAUAAACAGUGAGAAAGUGGAUAACGCCGGCAAGGAGAAAGUGCCAACAAAUGGUGGCGUUCAAAACACUAGGUUUCCUAAUAGCAAUCACUUAACUGGCCAAGACAAACAGGAAAAUGUCAACACAAAAAGUGAAGCUACCGCUCAAGGAAAAAACGAAUCAAAUAUCAAUGAAAAUAAAGGAAAUGGAUAUAGUGGCACUGGGGAAACUGCAGGUGAUGAUGGUAAUGGUACCCAAAAUGGUAAGCCUAGUGAAAGUGAGCAGCAACCCAAAGAUAAUGCUCCUGAAUUUACUGAAGAAGCAAAGAAAGUUGAAGUUGUGAUGGCCAACGGCGAGGUAGAGGAAAUCGAGUUAGAUGAGAAAGUUCUGAACCCAGUCGAAGAGAGCCAAUAUUCCACACUAAAAUCUAACCCCAACGAGCACUUUGAUGAAGGAAUGGAUGAUAUAAACACUUUAGUGGAAAAUGCCCCAAAUUUUCAAGAGAAAAAUGAUAUUAAGAUUCCAAUAUACUUAAAGCACAAGAAUACAGAGUUUCUUCUAUUUCCUACACAAGAUCAAGACAGGCCCCGUCCAAUAUUUGAGGACGAAAAAAGUGAAGAUAUUACUCUUGAUGAAUUUUUUGCCAUAUUACGCACAAUUCCAGAAUUUAACUUCGAAUUGAAUGACGAGAUCAUACUAUCAAUCCCCCAAUUUGGUGGGAUUACAGUAACGGAAGACAAUGUAUAUUGCAAAGAUCUUCAGCUUUCAGAUUUCUUGGAUGUUUAUUACAAGUUGUGUGACUGUACCACACAAAAGGAAAAGGUACCGAAACAGUUGGACUUUAAAUUGACCACUCAACCUCGUUUUAUUAUGAAAUACAAUAGCUUAGUGGAUACAGUAAAGGAAAAAGGUGGGUUUGAAAAUAUAUCAAAUGUGGACUAUGUUGAUAAUGAAAUUGAAGGAUCUAGAAAGAAAAGGAAACUAUGA